CCCCAUUAGCACAUCACUAGUAAUUUCGGAUAAUCGUUGAUUUCUGCGACUGCGUUGAAAUAUUUAUCGAGAAUUUCUAUUUUACUGUGCUGCAACGCAUUAAAAGUGAAAUCUAUUCCAAUUUAAUCUAAAACUAAUCGAAAUGGCAGACAAAAAAGUGACGCCUCCCCUGGGUGCCUACCCCCAGCCGCAGCCGCCGCAAGGGCCGUUCUUGCCGGCUCCUCCGCAACACGCCGCGCCACAGUACAGCGGUGAGUAUUACAAAAUGGGCGGUGGAUCCCCGUAUGGAGUGACAUUCGGAGGCGCAGGCGCAGGCGGUGGCAUGUAUGCUCCUCCCCCCUACGACCAACUGCAGCACCACCAGACCAUACCGGCUCUUAGUCAACAGCUGCCUCAACUAUCACAGCAGAUGUACUCUCCGGCGGCGGCCAUGUACGCGGCGGCGACGUACCCGGGGUACAUUGGGUACCCGGUGCAGUACUACCCGUACUACCCCACCGUGCAGCCGUCCAUACAGCCGCUGCGUCCCACUAUCAUGAUUCCGAACGGGUUUGAAGGUGGCGCUCGGUUUGACGGCAUCUCGCAGCCGCUGCUGCCGCCGGCACCGGCCGCCGUGCCGCCCUCGCCCGCGCAACUCGCCGCCAUGGCCACGCAUCAAGUGCUGUGGCGUUAAGCGCAUACGCUCAUCAACUACCUAAGAAGGCGACAGCGGGCACCACACAAGUCAUACAACACACAACAACACCAUACAACCCAUACAGACGGGUGCCGUGAGUAAUCACAACCUAUAAGAGUUUCGUGCAGAUGUAUUUAUAGUACUAUAUUAUACUCGACUGCAGUGCGCACCACCAAUCUUUGGUUUACAAAUAUAAUGGGUCUAGGUCUCUCUGUAGGCAUGCCAAAAGUUAAAAUAAUAUAUUGGUUUCAUAACUAUUUCUUUGAUACUGUAUAUGAAUCAUAUAGGACCUAGGACAGUGCCUUGCGGAACACCUGGAAAUUUUGGCUACUUGUAAAUCUGUGAAAGUUCUAACUACCUGAUCAUCCUGCAUUGAAUAAACCUAAAAACCUUGACUAGUGGGGUGCACUGCAAGUAACAUUAGUUAGUCAAAAAGUCAAUAUUUUGCUAUUCGAAUGUUAUGUAUGAUCGUACAUACACUAUGUGUGAUACUUGUAUUGUAGGUGUCUAUGUACAGUCGACAGAUUGAAAUAUGAUGGCUUUUCGGUGUAACAUAUCCUUUAUUGAUGAAUAUUAGUCUUUGGUAACUUGAACUAAAAUUGCGUCUCUCACUUAUGACUUAUAAAAACUUCCAUGAAAGAAAUAAUGAACUAAAAAUAUGUAUUUAAAUCAUCAUGUUCUCAUUUAAUGUUUUUAAAGCACAGUUCAGAUGCAAAAAAAAACAAACUAAUUCCUUAUAAUUUAGCACAAAUCUUAUUAAAUUCAAUGUUUUUAACAUUAUUAUUUGAUGAAUUAUCGAAAUUCUAGUUUUUAUUUACAACUAACUAGCUACUUUAAACUUUAUUUACUAUCUUAAUGUGUUAUUUUUAGUUGGCAGUAAAAAUAAACUAGAUUUUCUUAGCUAAUAGGCCAAUAUGAAAUUUUAAACUUAAUAGAUCUGAGAAAAUGUAGCAUCUUAAUAAACCUAGUUGCCAUUGUUAUUUUUUUUAGAUAAAAUUUAUGUUAUUCAACCAAAACAUAGAUAAGAUUAUAUCCAUUAAAUAUACACCAUAAUAACAAUAUAACUAAAGGAUAAUAGUAUCCAAAAUAAUGCUGAUACGCAGGAUAUAAUAAAUUAACAACAUAAGAUAAUCUGUGUAUCUUUGUAUCGUUCAGUAUCUCGAAUCACAGAUUAUAAUGAUAAAAUCUACGUUUGAAAUACUCUCGGGCCGUAUCUCAAAUGUAUUCAGUAAACUUUAUUAAUCUGAAAGGGAAACCGAACGAAAUAUACUUCAACAUCAGACUGUAUUAUUUUAGCUAUGGAAUUAUUUUGUUUCUUUCACUCGUGUCGUUUUGUCAACUUCUGUGACAGAGACGAAAGAACUUCAAUGCUAAAUAUGCAAUUCCUUUAAAAAAAUACGGGGUAUGUAUGUGAAAUUCGCGACUUUUUAAUCUCUUUGGCAACAAUUACCCAGUCAAGAUAGAAUCUGGAAAUCCUCUGUCGCCUAAGGGUGCCCGAUAAUGUACUUUGACUGUGAUGUGACUUCGAGUUUUUGUAUUUGCAAACACGUAAUAGACACAAUCAAAAUUAAAUAUACAAGUCAACAGUCAUUGGAAUCAUCAUUCUAAUCAAACACCAGUAAGUCAUUGGUUAACCUUUGUGUCAAUCAUCUGUUUCAUUGGUUAAGAGUUGUAAAGGCUUAUGUUAUUGAGAUGGGCAACUUUAUGAAAUUUAAAAUAUUCGGUAACUGCAAAUACAAAAACGUCGAUGUAAGCAAAGCAAGUGUCCACUUGCGAUACAUACUUGUAGUAUUAAUAUGGUGUGUGGAUGGUGUAUCUCGAUGAUGUGCUUUUUGUGUUGAGUGUGCCGUAUCGUUCAGAAGUUGAAAAUUUAUUCUCAUUUGGUCUUACGAGUGAUGGAAUAGAUGUCUGGUGUACUGUGUACAUACUGGAGCAAUCUAAUCUGAUCUCAAAGAGCCAAUAUGGUCGAUAAUAAUAGCCAAGGAGACUGUUGUUAUUGUAUUGAUGUCAUCAACUACUGUUGUGUCACUCACUACAGAUUUUUUUUUAUAACAUUAUGUUUUAUAAUUACAAUUUUAAAUUUUCGUAACAUUUCAACGGCAUAAAUUCCUUCUGAAUCUACCGCGUCUCGAAUAUCAAAAAAGUUAGUACAGUCAGCACAAAAAACACGUGGUUCUUUAGUUUUAUAGAUGAAUAAAUAUAACCGCAUAGGGUUGUGUGCGUGAGAGCUGUUUCAUUGUUCAUUUGAUAUUGUGCAUUUCGAGCUCAGGCUCUAAGAUAUAAACAUGUGCUGAAUGGUUGAAUGGUAUAUCUAGACGAUGUAUUUCGUGUAUUCUUGACCUUUUGCGCCCCACGUGGAUUCAAUAGAUCUUCUGUUGUGUCUUAUUUGUAGGGAUUCAAUCGGUUAAGACAGCGACAAGGAAUAUAAUAUACUUUCAAAUACUUUUUCCUAAUAAAAAUGUAUACAUUCUUAACGUAUCUUAAGAGAGGCAAGUACACUGUAGAUUGGAUAAAGUAUUAUGUUUAAAAAGGUAUUGAUUACCAAAGUAAUGAUGUCGUAUGUCUCUUGAAUAGGGCAUUGGAUUGAGGAGUUGAGCAUUCUUGCCAAAAAGAGUAAACAAGAAUUGAACGUUUGAAUAUACUGAAGUGCAGUGUAUUUUUUAUCAAAUUUAAUAUUGAUAAAAAAACUUUAAAAACAAUUGUUUAAGAAAAUGAAUCUCAGUAUUGAAAUUUUUCUUUGAGUAGUAUCAAAAGAAAAUUUAUUAUAUAAAAAAAAUGAAAUAGAUUAGUACAAAAGCCAGAACACGAAAUUAUUGUUCGUAUUUGCGUUUUUUUUAAAUGAAAUUAACUGUCAUAGUGACAUAUUUUUCUGUUACUAGCUUUUUUGUUGGAUUUUGACCCCAUUCUAUGGGUCUACGUAUUGUUGCAAGAAAAGGUAUAUAUUCUUUAUGUUACAUGACGUUUUGUUAAAAAUAUGGGGGAGGGGGGACAAAAAAAACUUAUAAGAGAAGGUUUACAUGUUCCAUUAUGAAUGUAUAACGUCUGGGGAUGGUUAACCUCUUUUAUAUAUUGCCUUAAAAUAUAUGUAUUGUAUGUAUGUGUAUUAAAAAUAUUGUUCUUUUGUACUAGUUGAACAAAAAAAAAAGAUUUUGUAAAAUCGCAUUUUGUUUUGUUAAUAAAUCAUGUAAUUUUAGUUGGGAAUAAAAUAAUUUGCCUGGAAACAAAUUUAAGAAAAUGUGAAAACAAAACGCUGGUUCAAAAUCGAAGCCUCUUACGAUCCCACAUGCUAUAGGGAGGGACCACAGAGUAAUACUGUUCAACCAAGGAUUAAUUGGGGGUAAAUAUGGGAUAUACCAUCAAUAUCUAGCACACUUACUAAGCCGGUCGGGUCCAUAUCUAUAUCAUUUCGGUAUAUCAGACAUGUUUGGACCCAAAUAUUCCAAUGAUACGAUACGAGAUUUGAUACAUGGAAAGGAUACACAUGUGAACCUAUCAUAAUGUGUUUUCAAGUUGCUACCCUGUUUUUCUUUGUAAGAGAAAAUAUAUUUUGUCAGUCUCACAUGAAAUGAUUCUAUUCAGAAGGCCUAGCACGGGGCCCAAGUUGCGUCCCAUGCUAGACUAGCUGCUUACCAACUUCCAUCUUAGUUUUCUCAGCAUGUGAUUCUGAUAAAAUAUAUUAUCUCACGUCAAAAUUGCAACUUUGUUACGUACAAAAAUUAUGAGCACCUUUGUUGAAAAAAAAGUAUUACGUUUUAGAAUUAAUAUGCAAUGCUCGUGAGUCUCUAAAAAUGGUCUGAAAAAAAGUGGAGCCCCCUUACUUAAGAAUUAAUAAACCAUCUAGAGCUGAAAUGAAAAUAGUGAAUUAAUUCUCGCCUGUUUUAAAAGCCAAAAAUGAUUAUUUUUCUGAGAAUCUCCACUCUUAGGGUGCCUUUCCACCAGUGCUGUGCAGUGUGCACCAAUUAAUGUGAUUGGUAGUUAUCAAUAGCAAUGUAUAGCAUAGUAAAGCUCUGGUGGAAAAGCACCUUACAGUAAAAGUUGCGGGGCCAUGACAGCAUAAAUUUAACACUAUACUUUGUAAAAUAUAGCUUGAGAUGUAUGGAAAAUAACGUUGGCUUUCCUAUGAAAACUAACAAAUGACAAAUACAAUUUAUGGAUUUGACAGCUGUCAUGGGGCUCGUGCUGUAUUAAAAAAGUAUAAUUAUGAUUUCCCACGUCCCAGUAACAUUCAAUAUCAGAUAAGUGUAAGUGAGUUGUGCUCAAUCGUGGUUGGACGGCGGUGAUUCGCGUGCAAUAUAUUUAGCAUAAUUAUUAUUUUGUUUCCAAUAAAAUGUAUUAAAAUC